AUGAAACCAUAUAUUGGUAUCCCACUUGUCUUCGGGCUCGUCUAUCGAGCCUGGUCUCGCAAAUCCCUUACCCCACUAGGCCUCGUUGUUGCGGGAUGUUCGGCCUCCGCACACGCCCUCCACCCAUGGUCAGCCCCAGUUGCGCUAUUGGCGGUAUUCUAUUUUGGUGGAACAAAGGUUACAAAGGUAAAACACGAGAUCAAAUCCCGCUUGACACUCUCCGCUACCGGCACAGAGGGCGGCGAAGGUCCUCGUAACCACAUUCAAGUCCUCGCAAACUCUAUUGUUGGAACGAUCCUAUCUAUCCUCCACGCCAUUGUUCUAGCCAAAUCGACAGACACAGAAUCAUGUUUCUCACUCGGCCAAAAUGCGGCUGAUAUUUUGAUGGUUGGGAUUGUCGCAAAUUACGCCGCCGUCGCCGCAGACACGUUCUCCUCUGAACUUGGCAUUCUCUCCAAAUCCAAACCUCGUCUCAUAACUUCCCUCAAUUUCCGUGAAGUUCCCCCUGGUACAAACGGUGGUGUCACUGCAACUGGGCUGGGAGCUGGUCUUCUGGGUUCAUUCAUUGUCUCUUUAACAUCUGCGGCUGUUCUUCCAUUUUGUUCUAGCGCAGGCAUUAAAGAGCGAGCACUUUGGACUGUGGCAAUGACCUUUUGGGGAGCACUGGGAAGCGUUCUUGAUAGUGUUCUUGGUGGCCUUUUGCAAGCUAGUGUUGUUGAUAAGAGGAGUGGGAAAGUUGUCGAGGGAAGUGGCGGUAGGAAGGUCUUGAUUCACACUGUCUCCUCCAAAAGGUCGACCAUAGAUGCUUCUCACGCCGAAGCUACGGGUAGCGCUGUCAAUGCGGCUUCAUCCUGCGGCAGCGAAGAAAAGGUUGAGUUGCAAGAAGAAACACAUGAAAGCCGCCGUGUCGAAACUGGUCAUGAUUGGCUUGAUAAUAAUGGUGUGAACAUCUUUAUGGCUGCUUCGAUGAGUGUUGGGGCCAUGGGCAUUGCACAGGUUACAUGUACUGAGAUCUUCGUUCCUUCUCAACUCUUCCUCGUUUACGUGUCACGUGCCACUCUGGCCCUACAUCGUGAGCACCUCCUUCGUUUACUUCGGCAGGCAAAUACGCUUACUGACCACCUCAUGCUACAAAUAGCAAAGAUGAACCAGCUGCAGGUCGAGGCAAGGCCUACUGGCGCGAACAUGUCCAUCAUCCGCAUCAAGAAGCCAGGCAUUCGUCUCUUGCCAGACAUUUUUCGUGAUGAGCAAGACGUUCCUCUCCAGGCCAACGGGUUCAUUCGCCGUGAAUACAUGAUCAAUGGCUAUGCUGAAGAGAAGUUCUUUGCCACCCGUCUCGUUCUCUAUUACCCCGAGAAUCUGUCUAAGUUUUCGGGACUUGCUGUUGUUGAGCCUGCUGGUGUAUCAGACAGGAGACAGGUCUGGUCCAAAAUCAAACGGUGGAUAAUGAGAAACGGUGAUUCAACUCCUUCUUAA